AUGGAAAAUUUUACUAGAAAUCUCUGCUGUAAAAUUGUUGAUUUGGACAUAAGCUACUUGUACAUUCAUGCACCCAAAUGUGAUCCUAAAGCAUCCUGCAAACUCAAAAAGUGUAGGAAGUUCUCCUCAAAAACGACGCCGGCGCCUAUAGCGGCGCCCGACGCCGCGCGCCGCUCCGCUCUUGAACGACGCUCGCCGCGGCAUCGCGCGGCAGUGGGACGCCUACUGCGAUCGCCGUUGCACCGGACGAGACAUUGCCGCGAUACGCACCGCACGGAACAAUUUAAAACUUGUGGGUUUACGUGGAAGUUCGUUGGAUUCUUCGUGUUGAGUGGCCUAAUUGAAGUGUUCAUAAAGUGCUGGAAAAGAAGAAUUUUGCUGUAA